GCUAGAGGUAAAAGAACAACAUAUUAAUGAAAUGAAGAAAUAUCUUGAUGAACUUAAGCUUCAAAACGAACACCAAAAACAAAAAAAUUUAUUACUAACAAAAGAGCAGAACGUACGCAUUCAGGAAGUAGUGAACCAAGCUCUUAAAAUUUCCAAAGAAGAAGAUGCAAUUGAUCAUAUAUCAUUUUCAAAAGUUGAGGAAGCUCUUGCUGAUAAAUUCAAUGCUAUCCAAAUUAGCAUGAAUGAUUUAGAAGAAAUGCGUGGAGAAAUUGUGAAAAUUGAAAAAAUGACAAAGGAGUUUACAAAUGAUCUUGAACAGUUAAAAAACUAUCAGGCAUAUGGAAAAUUUAAGGAUCAAGCACGCAUUGAUGAUUUGCUCCAGGAAAUAGAAGAUAUGGAAGCAUCAUAUAAAGAAAUUGAAAAUUUUUUCCAACGAAGCUUUUCUUCAUACAAAAACGUUGUUAUGAAGCAAAAUGAUGAAAGUUUAACACAACACAAAAAACUGGCUUCAGAACGAGUGUUCAGUGAUUUAGAAAAACACGAUGAGUUGGAAUUUCUUGAUAAUAAAUGGCUUUUAAAAGAGGUUGGUAUUCAUCAUCAGCAUGUCAUCAAUGUAACUAAAGAUCUAGAAUCAUUAGAAAGAACUAAUAUUGAGCUAAUAUCUAGUUUGUUUGAUCAAAACAACUAUGAAAAUUGGAAUGUUGGUCAAGAUAUCAAGGAAAUACAAAAUAAUAAUGACCUUUUAUUGAGUGAAGAAAUAAGUGGUGAAGUAGUAGAAUUCAAUUUAAAUCAGCUCGAUAAUUCGCCGCUCGAUCCCUCUUUAUAUGUGUUAGGAACAAAGUUGGCUUUACAUGGAUUGCAAAUUGAUAAUGAAAGCGUUUUUGGGGAAAAUAACCAUUCUUCAAGGUUUAAAUAAAAUUUUAAAGCAAAUAAUGGGUUCGAAACGGUUUACUGUAAAAAUAAAUACUAACAUUUUUUAUGUACAUUAAUGUACAUAUAUUUUAACAUAAAAGUUUUUUAAAGAGUAUAUUUAUUAUAUUAUUUGUUUAUUUAAAUGUAUUAUAUCUAUUAUAAUAAAAUAUAUUAUAUAUAUUUAAAUGUAUAUAUAGCCUGUACAUCAAUGUUUAGUUUGCAUGUACAUAAGUUUCUUAUUUAUGUUGUUUCAUUAUAUUUCAUAAAUAUCUCAGUAUUUUAUACAGAUUUGUUGAAGGCUAUUUGAAAUUUUUAUUAAUAUAUAAAAAAAAAUAGAAGUAUUUUCGUUAUUAAAAUCGGAGGUUUUUCAGUGCAAUAUAUUUAGCUGUUUUUUUUACAUUAAAAAAUAUAGAUUACAUUUUACAUUAAAAAAAUAUAGAUUUAAAAUAUUCUAUCCUGCAUGUUAGUACCAAAUUAGUAGACGGUUUUGGCAAAAAAAGAAAAAAGUAAAAUGCUUUUGAUGCCGCAAAUAUAGACUUUUAAUAAAAUAAAUACUUGAUUGUUACCAAAACAUAUUAUUGAAAUGUAUUUGUAUGUAAUAUAUGUUAAAAUGUAUUUGCUAAUAAGAAAUAAAUUUACAAUCCUAA